CCCGCACCCCACCACCAAGAAGAAGCAAUUGUUCACGCAACACGCAUCUCGCCUCAUCAUAUCUCUUUCUCUCUGCCACCGUGUCAGUUUCACCGCAGCGGCUGUUUGUGACACACUCUCUCACCCAAGUUGCAGCCAGUCAGCACGCUUGGCAUUUCCCCUUGCUGUUCCUCUCCUCCCCUCUCCUCUCUCUUGCAUCCUUUCCCGCCACACACUCGACGAGUGAACAAAACCGCCUUUGUUUUGUUUCUGCUGAGUCCCACUCUCCAUUUGCCAACACACCUCCACAUCAGCAGCAACAGCACCCACAAAUAACCUCCACCGAUCCCUCCUCCACUUCCGAGGUUCGUUUUCGGAGAACAGACAAGGAUUGAGCUCUCUCUCUCUCUCAUUUUGAUCGUCAGGACAUCCACCACCAGAAACAACAACAACAAUCAUCAUUCGAUAACAGCAACGCGGCGCGAAACAAAAGCACUCAGAUACCCCGCCAUAUCCUCACAUCAGGACAGCCCAUCAUGAGGACAGACACGCCAGCCACAAUGGCAUCUAUUGUUCGGCAACAGCACCUUCAUCACCACCACCACCACCACCACCACCGCAACAGCCAUUGCAUGGUGGAGCCACCAUGCAGUCCGUGCCCUGUUCCCGCCCCUUCCCCUGUGGCGGACAGCACGUUCAAUUUUCCUUUUGAGCCAACGCAACAACAACAACAACAACAACAGCCACAGCUUUCGGUGGCGGCAUCAUCGUUUGAUCAGUCUGCAGCUGCAUCGACCGGCGCUGCCGCUCCCCCCGCGCCACAGCUGACGCCUCUCCCGCUCCCCCGCCUCGUCGAUCGCACCACAACGGAGGAGGUCGAGGCGCCAGAAGCCGCGGAAGAGGACGCCCUGCGCUCCCCCAUUGCGCCCCCGCCCUGCUGCGGCAACUCCACGCCACCAAGGAGCCAGGGCGCCAGCAGCGUGUUCACCUUCGACAACACCAGCGCCACCUACAACUACAACCACUACAACCACCACAACAACAACAACAACCACGACGACGACAGCAGAAGCAACAGCAGCGCGGUUAGCGACAUCUUUGAUUUCGAGUUUGCUCCACCAGCCACCACCAUGGAGUAUUUCCACGCCUAUGACUUUGACGAUGGCUUGGAGUACAACGACUCUGGAUCGGGCCUCAACCUCGACCUGGUGACCGGCUCCGCAUCCCAUCCCCAGCAGCACCAGCACCAACACCAGCACCACCAACACCAACACCAACACCAACACCAACACCAACACCAACACCAACCCUUUGUCAUGGCAAGUGGCAAUGUCACGGCACCAGCUGCUGCCACCGCCAACAGUAGCAACGACGCCGCCUUGAUGCGUCAAGUGGGCGCCAAGCCGCCAUCGCCAAACGCGCUGCCGCACUCGUUCCCGUUCUUCCCAUCGCCCAACGAUGACCCGCUCGACGCCUGGGCUCUGCCGCCAACACCGCCACCAUCUCUGACCCCGCAUCAGCAACAGCAGCAGCAGCACGAGGAGGAGGCAGAGGUAGACAGCGCGCGCGCCCAGGAUCGCCCGCGCUCCAACACGCCGCGCAGUGAGAUGUCGGCGGCGACGUCGCCGUUCAACAAUCUGCGGUCCGAGCCGCGGUCCCCCGAGCAGUUCAAGCCGGACGCGCACAGCUACGGGGCGGACGUUGCCGAGGCAAAGAACGCAUACGCGCACUCCAGGGCGCUGUUCUGUGGCGCGUUCACGCCCACGCCGCCGGCACCGCCAGCGGAGAUGCCGGUGACGUCGAUGGCGACGAGCAAGGACGACGAGAUGGACGCCAUCCUGGAGGAGGGCGCGGAGCUGUUCUCUGGCCCGCUGCUGGCAACCCCAACACCGUCGUCGCCCGCAGCGGCGCAUCUUGUGCACAUGCAGUCGACAAGCAUGUUUGAGCACCUGUCGAUUGCCGACAGCGGCAACAGCACCCCCAAGCGGCACAAUCACGACCACGAUGACGGUGAUGGUGACGACGACGACGACGAUGACUCCGACGGCGAGGACGAAGAGGAGGAAGAGGAUGACGACACGCGCAUCGGCAGCAAGUUUGCGCGGGCGAGCAAAGGCCGCCGCAGCACCAAGGGGUCGUCGCCAGCAGGCAAGAAGCUGACGGCGUCGGGGCGGGCGAGCAAGAAGGGCCGCAGCCCGCGCAGGGGCAACGCCUCUGGUCGCAGCAGCACCACCAGCACGGCCAGCAGCGGCAGCACGAAGCGCGGCAAGAAGCGGGCGCUGCGUUCCAAGGCGGAGAUCCGGGAGCAGGACAGCAGGUGGGACCCCGCGCUGAUGACGUGCCCCAUCCAGGACCUGCGGCGGUGGGUGAAGGAAAACAACCUGUCCAAGGAGGACGAGGACAACCUGAAGGACGCGCGCAGGCGGUACCAGGGGCGCACGCACAAGCGCCGCAGCCGCGCGGGCCUGACGGGGUCGAGCCAGCGACUGCAGGAGCUGCGGGAACAGGCCAUUGACCUGAAGCGGCGCAUUGCACAAGCAAAGGGCAACGUUGCCGAGCUCAAGCGCGAGUGGGAGCGGCUCAAGGCCAUCUGCAAGCAGCACGGCGUGGACAUUGACCGCCUUUGCCUCGACAUGGACAAGGCCAAGACCACAAACUAGGCAACUCGUUGCAGCAACGUGUGGCGCAUGUUGAGGUGUUGGUGGUGGUGGUGGUGGUGUGCGCGACCUUUGUAGGCAACUGGCGUCUUUUUGGAAGCAGGGGCUGAGAUGUUGUUGUUGUUGUUGUUGUUGUUGUUCUGCACCCGCUUCCAACCUGUUGAUUUGAUGUGACACCCUUUUCCCCAUUUCUUCUUCUUUGUUUCUCUUGUCCACUGUGUCCACAGUGUGCCAUCUUGCACCAGAUAACCAGACAUCAUGCUUGCCUUUGCCUUUGCAUUUGCCUUUGCAUUUGCCUUUGCCUUGCUUUCGUGAAACCAGACAUAUGCACCCGUAACUGUACCGCUUCUAUUGCCCCUUCUUUUUUCUGUCUCGUCUUGUGUCAAUUCACGUUGUGAUGAUGAUGAUGAUGACACUUGCAUCACAUGUGCUCUCUCUUCGGGUGCCUGCCCUUUCCCUCCUUUUUUGGUUUUUCCCUCUUCCCCUCUUGUCCCUUCUUGUUCCUCCUCUUUGUCUGUUUCUGCUUGCAUCGCCAAGCGGUGCUGGCCCUUCUUUGUAACAUAAACACACAUUGGCCUUGCGUGCCUCACGCAACCAAAUCCCAAACAACUAC